AUGGCAUUCAACGAUAAGACGGUGGACUCUAAGCCCACAACGCCCAUUCGCAGAGCAGGGGAACUUGAGCAAUACUACAACGUCGCCAGCCGCAUAGGUAUCACCCAAUGGGUCAUCGUCUCUGCGCGCUAUGAGCACCCUUCGCUAAACAUCGUCAGCAAACCGGUCUUGUUUACGGCGCUCGGCGAGGUUGUGCGCAGCUUGGCUGCGUUGCACGCGCGCUUGCCGCCGCCCUCUGAGCCUCCUAUAUGGCAACGCCUGCCCUCCGUCGAUCUAACCAAGGUGGUGAUAUGGCUCGACAGAAAUCGCGACGACCUGAAGGCGAUCUAUGAAGAAAUCUGUAUCACGCCAAUGGAGUUUUCGGAGGACGUGCCCUGGUGGAAGUUAUAUGUACUCCGCGACGGGACGGUUGUCUUCGCAUUCAACCAUACCAUCGGUGACGGUCAGAGCGGCCUCGCUUUCCACAACGCGCUAUUCCACGCGCUAAACAGCCUCAAGGAUGAAGACAUACCCUCCGAGCACUCGGGCCUUGUCACAGACCUACCCCAAAACCUCCCGCUGACGCCGUCCCUCGAAGAAGCCGCGCCCCGUCAACUCGCCAUCCCCUUCUUCAUGUUCAUCCGCGUCGUAUUGGAGACGUACCUCCCUUUUCUCUUUUCCUGGGAUAGAAAGUGCGUUUGGAGCGGAAAUCCCAUCCCAACCGUGAUCACGCCCGAAGUCAACGUUCGCAUCCUGCGCUACUCUGCUGAAGAUGCCACCACGCUCCUCAAGCUCUCGCGCGAACGCCAGGCGACGCUCACCGCUACCCUGCACACCCUCGCAUUCGUCGUGCUGUCAAGGCUCAUCCGCGCGCUGCCGAACGGAGAGGGAGAGAAGUACCAGAAGAUUGUAACCAGCUAUCCGAUCUCGAUGCGCAGGUAUACCGGCGCGCCCGAGACCGCGAUGUGUGUCCAUUUCUCGCACAGUCAGGAGCCGCAGGAUCUGCUUCCUGCCAGUGCGGGCACGGACGCGAAAUCCUUCCCUUGGAAUGCAGCCAAGAGGCACACCGAGUUCCUCAGGGAGGAGCUCCUGCAUACCGGCCCGAUCAUUGGGAUGUUGCAGUUCCUCUUCGGUCGUUACGAGGAGUACUUCCGUGGACACCUCGGCAAGAAACGCUCAGCAGGCCUUACCAUCUCGAACCUAGGGACAUUCAAUCCGAAGCGCCCGAAAGGCGUUGAGGGGGCAUGGACGAUCAGCGACACACUGAUUUCACAGGGCGACGCAACCCUCGGCGCAGCACUGAAAUUGAACGUUACUGGCUCGCCGGAGGGGGGCCUUGGGAUCUUAGUCACGUGGGGAACCAGUGCGGUCGAGAAGAGCUUCGCUGAAGAGUUCGCCCGCGGUUUCGAGGACGGGUUACAAGAUCUGAUUAGGGGUCAGUAG